CGAGCACUGGACAGAAAUGAGCGAGCGCAGGGCACGGGACACAGAGUAAUACAUGUAGUAUUAUUGCAGGACAGACAGAGCAAUGGUUCACAUGAUGGACACCAGACAGUGCAAGAGCAAAAACACAGCCAGUACCAUAGUGACAACUUGAUGGAGAGAGGCAAAAGGCAACUCCGAAGCGACAGUUGCUUUACCCCAGCCAUUAAUCUCUUAUACUGUCGUGUUCGGGAUCAGCGAACACCACAUAGGUCACAUCUUCUACAACUAGUUUAGUUUGCAGUCUCCUCAACUUACAGAAAGGUGCACAGUUUCAUGUGAGGACUUUCAAUGCGCAAAAGCCUAGUUUGAGGUGGAGAUAGAAGAGUUUAGUCUCCUCAACUUGCAGAAAGGUGCACAAUUUCAUGCGAGUACUUUCAAGAAGCAAAGGCCGAGUUUGUGGGUGCAGAUAGAAGAGGAGAAAAUUAAUAUCAUGGCGUUGGCAGUGGCCUUGCCAGCACUUGUCCUUCUUUCCACUGUAAGCGUCGCUUUAGGUUCGAGUAACUAUUUUUCUGAUCCAGCACCAUCGACAUUGAGGUCAGGAGAACGGUGGCCGGAUGUUGACGAGAUCGUAGCAUGGCCAAUUCGAGACAGAAUUGGACGCACUUCGCCUCGCUACACUGCCGAGCUCGUGUCGAAUCGGAACAGCCGUGUACGUUUUGCCUGCUCCACGUGUCGAGUGAUGUCAUCAAGAUGCGAUGCGCUACUGAACACACUGGAAGAUAGUGUGUACUAUCGUUGGAGAACAAGCAGGGCUGUUGAGGUGCGAGCAGCAUGGACUGAGCAGGAAAUUCCUGGUCGGAAUCAAUCUCUGAGAUAUGAAGGAAGAAGUUUAAGUCUUCGCCUAAGGAGUGGGUCAAGCUAUGAUCACACCAUACUGGCUGGUUUGUGUAUCAAGGCUGGGUUUGACUGGGUGAAGAACUAUGGUAAUUGGGUGCAAGUCAGCUCCAUCCCCACCACAUGUAAUACGUCUUUGGAUCUUGCAUUUGCCUUGGAUGCAUCCGGCAGUGUUGGUGAAUACAAUUUUGAGACGCAGCUGACUUUCAUCAAGAAUAUGAUCGACUUCUUUGAUGUUUCCCUGGCCGAUACUCGUGUCUCACUUGUUAGAUUUGCUUCCUAUGUACACCGCCAGUUCUCGUUCACUGCCUACACUAGCCGUAGCUCUCUGCGCUGGGCUGUGAACCGUGUGGGCUACACAGGUGGAUAUACUGCUAUUGGGCCAGCGUUGCAGGUUGCUCACACGCAGAUGUUUGUGAAAAGCAACGGUGUGCGACCUUUGUCGGAAGGUGUACCGCGUGUGCUAAUUCUGAUGACGGACGGUCGAGCCAAUGUUGGCGUGCGACCAGGUAUACCCGCCGAGGCAUUGAAGAGAAGCGGCAUCAACAUCUUUGUGAUUGGAGUUGGUAGUCGAUUGAAUAUAAGUGAGCUGCAGAACAUUUCAUCGCGACCACUCUCUGAUCAUCUCUAUCAACUUGAGAGGUUUGAUGACUAUGCAGCGCUAGUCAACAGAAUGAGAUCCGUAUCAUGUGAUGAACCCGCUGAUGUGCCGCCGGGUCAAAAUACCACCACUGAGGUGCCUGAAGAUGGUUACAAGUACUUCCAAGCCAAGUGUGCUGGCUUGUCUGGCAGUGUGGUUGUUACCAUACACAAUAUUGUUGGGAACACGCACGUCUUUGCCUCCACAACGAUCAAGAAUCCCAACCCCUGGUAUGAUCCAAGGGUGGUUGCACGUGAUACCACCACAGGGAGGAUCAAGUCUGUUCUUGUCAAGCUACCAAAUAGUGGCGAUGAGACGGUAUAUAUAGCCAUCAAGGGUACAGACAAGAUCAACCGGUUCACUAUAUUCAUCACUGAUGACCUAUUCGGUUCUGAUGAAUUUCAAGUGUCCUUUGAUGAAGAGGAGGACGCAGGGACAGUGGUCACUACGCUGCCCGCUAUGGCCAGGAAAGGAUUCAAUGUUCAGUACAGCCUGCCACUGGGAUCACAGGACUUUGCCAUAAACAGUGUCACCGGUGCCAUAUCCACACUGCGACCAUUUGACAGGGAGCGUGAGACUAGUGUCAGCACAGUGGUCAUGGCUACGGAUCCCAAGCUGGCAUGUUACAGUGGACGCACAACGCUGAUCGUGAACAUUCUGGAUAUCAAUGACAAUGCGCCGGUGUUUGAGCCGUCCGAGUACUCGAUCACCAUUGAUGACAUCACUCCUGUUGGAUAUGCUUUUCUGACGGUCACGGCUUCUGAUUCGGAUAUCGGCAGAAAUAGUCAGUUGUCUUACACUCUCACCGGGCCAGGUGCCAACGACUUCAGCAUCGAUAAUGAUGGAAUAAUCACUGUCGCAUCUAACCAAUUAUCAGUCGAUCGCAUCGCUGUCUACCAGCUGAUAGCUGUUGCUACGGACAAUGGCAGGUCCACGCUCAGCGGAGAGGCUAGUGUCAGGAUUGCUCUAAGAAGAACCAAUCAAGCACCUGAAUUUCUCAUGCAAUGCGCUCGCCAAAACAGACUCUGCCGAUUUGUGACGGAAGAGAAUCGCAAUGUGCAGCUGAACCUGACCGCCAGUGAUCCGGACGCGGGCAGAAACGGAGAAUUGUCCUACAGCCUGAAAGCUGGCAGCUCACCUGCUCUGUUCCAAGUAAGCAGUGAUGGCAUUGUCACCAAUACUGGAACGUUGGACUAUGAAGAGCUAGAUGAGCACGAGUUUGUACUGACAGUGUCAGAUGGAGGAACGCCAUCCCUAUCUUCAGAGGUGAAAGUCAUUGUGACAAUUGAGAAUGUCAAUGAGUUCAAUCCCAGAGUGGCACCGUGCAGUGGGUCCGUAUUAGAGAAUGCCGCACCACAGCAGCGCAACAUACUCACUGUCAUGGCCGAGGAUCCUGAUCCCUUUGGAGGCCUAGUGUACCGGCUACUGGACUCUGCAGACCUCUUCACACUGGACAGAAGAAACGGAAAACUAUCAGCCACAGUUGCGUUUGACCGUGAAACCUUGGACAAUUACGAGGUUGGAGUGAUUGUGAGUGAUUCCGGAACGCCACAACUCAGCACCACUGUGCGUUGUUCCAUUACAGUGCUGGAUGAGAAUGAUAACGUACCUCAAAUACUGGACAGUCCUUUUGAAAUAGACGUGAACGAGUCCAUCAUUGUUGGAUCGGUGUUGCUCCAAGUGUCGGCAACGGAUGCUGAUCUGGGAAGAAACGCUCUUCUGGAGUACCGCCUGGAGGAUGCCUCUCAGAUGAAUCUCUUCCGAAUCAACGCAACUACAGGCGUUGUCACAACCAUCGCUCCUUUGAAUCGAGAGCUGGAAAACCGACACAAUCUGGAAAUCAUCGUGGAGGACAAUGGCGUUUCGUCUCUGUCAAACAAGACGAGUCUUACGGUGAAUGUUCUUGAUGUCAAUGACAACAACUGUGUAUUUCCAUCAGGUCCGUUCAUCGCAUCAGUACCAGAGCGCUCCCUAGGUGGUAUUUUCCUGGUCAACGUACUUGCGGUUGACAUUGACUUAGGGGCCAAUGCCGAAGUGCGCUACCGCAUUCUAGACCGGGGUCUUAUAGCAACAAUAUUCGGUAUUAAUGAGACCUCGGGUGUUGUCAGUACAAUCGGCAGAGUUCCAUCCCUUGAGCCGGAAGGUGCUGGUCCAGAUUUCGGCAUGGGUGGCUUUUCAGUGUACACAAUCAACAUUGAAGGCUUUGACCAAGGCAAUCCAUCGCUGACAUGUCAGACAACUCUUGACGUUCACAUCACCGAUGUACCCGAGAGUGGCAUCAUGGUCAAUCAAACAUUGCAAGAAGUAACCGUUGCCGAGAACUCACCCAUCGGGACGCCAAUAGCCGAGUUUGUACCAACUGCAGCCAGAGAAUUUGUCCGCCCGCUGGUAUACACCAUAAUUGGAGGGAAUCAGCAUCGAUUCUUUGCUGUGAACUCCUCAACUGGUGUUGUGUUCGUUGCCGGCAACCUGGACAGAGAAUCAAACUUAGGGAAUGAUUUUCAACUCAUCAUCACCAUUCGCGACUCGUCAACUCCGCAACCUCUAACGCUGACAGUCACCCUAUUCGUUAUCAUCGGGGAUGUUAAUGACAACGUCCCGGUGUUCACACAAUCGGAAUACUUUGGAAGCCUGGUGGAAAACGAAGCAGCCGGCCAAAACGUGGCAACGGUCGAGGCGGACGAUUUAGAUGCCGGACGGAAUGGUGCUAUCACCUAUGCAGUUCUGAAGGGUGACGGAGCAGAUGUGUUCUAUGUUGACAACAGAACGGGCAUUGUGCGCAAUCGUGUGCCAUUGGAUAGGGAGAACGUCUCGCAAUACCUGAUAAAGAUCGUCGCAAGGGACCAUGGCGUUCCGUCCUUGUCAAGCACCACAUUAGUAAGGAUUGCGGUUGCUGACGUGAAUGACAACUCGCCUCAGUUCCGACAGCUACCUUCAGUCAUAUCUGUGAGUGAAGACGUCAGUGUACCCAUUCUAUUACUGACGGCCACAGCCAGUGAUACAGACCAGGGUACGAAUGGUGAGGUUGUCUUUUCAGUGCUGCAAUCCACUGCCGACGCCAGGUUCUUCUCAAUCGACCGCUACACUGGGCAGCUAACACUUGUGGAGUCCCUCGACCGAGAUGUACAGGAAUUGUAUGCAGUGACCGUGAUGGCAAGUGACGCGGGAAGCCCACAGCAGAGCACUUCGCAGACAAUAACUGUCAUGGUUGUUGAUGCCAAUGAUAACGCACCUGAGUUUGUCGGAGCACCAUACUCUGUCAGUGUUGCAGAGAACACCGAUGAAGACACCACCAUACUGACGUUCAAUGCAGAAGAUGCUGAUAUUGGUGUAAAUGGUGAAGUGCGCUACGCAAUGGUCUCGCCAAUACUGCAGCACCUGCCGCUAACCAUCGAUCCCGUAGGUGGUCAUCUGAUCGUGACUGGUGCGCUGGACUUUGAGAAUCAGACAUCCUAUGUGCUUGAUGUUCGAGCUUGUGAUGAGGGUAUUCCACAGCAGUGCACAACAACCACUGCCUCAAUUGCCAUCACUAAUGUCAACGAGUUCCGGCCCACGUUCACUAAUCUGCCGUUCUUCGCCGAAUUGAGAGAAAACGCUCAGCCAGGCACUGUUGUCAUCACAUUGUCUGCCGAGGACCAGGACCGUGAUGAUAGUCUCACUUUCAACAUCAUAUCAGGAAAUGAAGAUGGCGACUUUGCAAUUGAUGUACAAACGGGAGUGGUCAAUGUAUCGGGAACGAUUGACUUUGAAAUCAGAAGGACGUAUGAGCUGAUUGCUAUGGUGCAGGAUACUGGAAAUCUCAGUAGCAUUGCAGUUGUGACCGUGUCUGUACUGGAUGAAAACGACAACGCACCGGUGUUCAGCAUUGAUCAAGCGAAUGUAGUUACGAUUGACGACAUUGCCGUAAAGAAGCUGGCAGUACUGCGGGCGAGCGACGUGGACAGCGGAGUGAAUGGACUGGUUAACUACACAUUGGUCAGUGCUGUGGUGCUGAAUGAUACAACACGACUUGUCACCGUCCGUGCCCAAGACAAUGGCAUUCCAACGGCGCAGUCUACAGAUUUCAACAUCACUGUGUUUACGACAUUUCCAUGCGACGUCAUCACAUUCUUGGUGGAUAAAGAAUCUGGUCUUGUCACGUUCAGGACCCUGUGCGAAGUCCUGUUCGAGGCGCAUGAGCCUCAGAACCUCACCGAGGGUGACCUUCUUCGUGGAGACAACGUGUCCUUUGUAUGUGUAUCAAAAUCCAACUGUCAUGAUGAUGUUCAGUACACACUAAUAAAGGAUGGCUCAUUCAAUGAGGACUCGGCCAUCGGUGGAGUGACAUACUGGGUGUUGUCUGACGUCGGCAUGUCGGAUGAAGGAUGGUAUAGUUGUCAUGCAUCUCUGCCCGAUGCUGGUACUCUGUUCUCCCAUCAGCUAGCGCUGAACAUAAAAGAAUCGCCAACCAUUACUGCUCACCCAGAAACGGUUGAGGUUCAAACCGGCCUUUCUGCCUCAUUUACUUGCGGUGUCCGUGGUGAUCCCACGCCAGUCAUUCAAUGGCAGAGUGAUGGAAAGGACAUCCCUCUGAACUCCCGGAUAUUCUCUGGUUCCAACACCACAACACUAACUGUCGCUAAUGUUACUGCUAUCGACUAUGGCAAACUGCGGUGCAUCGCUGCCAACCGUUUAGGAACGGCCAUGUCGAGAACAGCGGAGCUCUUUGGCUAUGUUCGAUCUGACCAGAUUACCGUGCUGACAAGAGUGCGUGCUUCGCUCAAACAACCAUGUCCACCUUUUUCCCUGCAGCAAUUUAAGUUCGCCCUGAUGCAAAACUUCAACUUGGAUACAGUUGCCAUAGCAGCAAGUACGAGCAAUAAGUGCAGCGAGAACCCAUGCUGGCCACAGCCCUGCCAGAAUGGCGGCGUGUGCUCGGCGCAAUCCGGAAACAAGGACUUCAUCUGCUCGUGUCCAUCAGGUUGGAUUGGCUCAAGGUGUGAAGUGGAUCGUGAUGAAUGUGACAGAAAUCCUUGUGAGAACGAUGGUGUAUGUAUAAAUAUGGAAGGCACCUUCUCAUGCGACUGCCCGAACAACACAGCAGGACAGCGUUGUCAACUGAAUGCAGCAGCAUGCGAUAAUGUGAAUUGUGAAAAGAAGGCCGAGUGUGUUCUGACAGACAUACGUGCAAGUGGAUACGCGUGUGUUAAGAACAGUGAUAAGAUCAAGGUCACACUGAAGCUGAGGUCCGGUCGCCGUCCAGCAUCCACCGAUAUAGCCGAGCAGCUAACACCACUAGUACUCAACGCACUGCUCAAGAAGAGAGCGCAAAGUUACGACGCUUCACUUGUUACUGCUGGCUCAAGUACAAGUCAGAGACGCCGUCGACAAACUAGUGAUAGCGACUCAACUGGAGAUGAUGGCUUUGCUGGCUGUCAGAUAGUAGUCCUGGAUGCCUCUUCCAGCUCACAGUCAUCUGAUCAGACAUUUGAUACAACACUUGUUGUGGUGUGUCCGGAAAAUGAGCCUAGUCCGCAAGAUGAUGAGUUUCAAUCCGUGUGCCAGGAGAUCACUAAUGGCGGCGAGGCGACCCAGUGUACUGUGGGAAAUGCCACGUUUGUCGAGCAAGAAGAAAGCCAGGAAACCAAUGUUCAGCUUCAGAUCUUGAUCUUGUCUAAUGGCACCACCAUACCAGUGAGUGCAGAAGAGGGAGUGCGGCUGCUGACAGACCCCACUAUCCAAGCAGCACUCGUCCCACUGGGAUUCUCCAUUGUUCAUGUGCAAGCCGGUAUCCCAACUACUGUGCCGACCUUGUCCGCCACAACAGUAACAUCACCGUCAGAUGCACAAAAUACUCCUGACCCCAGUCCAGUUGUGGCAGACGGAAACGACUGGCUUAUUGUCGGAGUGGCAAUCGCCGGUGUGCUCUUUGUUGUGAUCAUGUUUGGAGUAUGGCUGACGUGUUGCUGGAAAAGAAGUGGAGCUGGUGGUCGUAGCAGUGACUUUGGAGAUAACUCGUAUUACGGUGUGACAUUCAAGCGUGGAAGUGACAUCAGUGGACCUGUACCAAACAAGCUGUCAGCUGUCGACACACUGAAGAGUCGAUCAAUCUCCACCCUGAAUGUCUCCUCAUCGACAAUAUUCUCAAACGAAGCAGCUCUGAACGCUGACUAUGACCUGAACGCUAGUACAAGCAGUCGACAAUCGCGCAAAACACAACCAUCCACUGUCACCGUCGAAGCCCAAGAUAUUGACACAAUGGAUCUGGAGAGGUUGCAGUCAUCGGCAUCUGGCUUCAUGGUUACCAUGCCAAAUCUGUCACAUAUCUCAUCCGGCCCGUAUGCAUCAUCACCGCUCGACAAAUCACCAGCAAAGCAGAGCAAAGCAACAGCCAUCGCUGAGAGGCCUCCGGGAUACACCAGUGAUGACAACAGAUAUGUGCCAAAGCCGUUUGGCCUCGCAGCCAGCCAAGCCCAGAGUGGUGGCAAUAGAAAUGCUCCCUCGGACAGUUCAGGAGAUACUUAUGAGGAUAUGGCAAGUACUCCGGUAGGAUACCGCUCACAUCCAGAUCACUUGUCAUUAGGUGCCACCGCCACCGCUGCUGACGUUACAGAUGGCACGUUUAAAUCUAAACCAGCAGCGGCAGCUACAGCUGCAGCGGCAGCUACAGCUGCAGCUGCAGCAGCUUCUGGAGGCGACUUCUCCAAGGCCAAGCUAACGUCGUCAGCCAGUGCUGGUGCCAGGAGUAGUGCAAGCGCUGCUCCAAGUGUCCAGUCGGAGAGUGUGGAAGCAUUGCUGGCUGAACUCAAUGCUACACUCAAGCAAGCACACCAGGGAGCCAGGAGCGGUGGCGAUCGCCAUGCCCGUGACGCGAAUGAGUCGCCAUGCCAUCGUAGUGAAAUGCACGCACGCAUCUGCAGUGACUAUUUCUACGAUGCGCUGGGUAAUGAAGGUGACAGUACUGCUGAUGCGAGUAGCUACGAUGCUGAUUAUCAGUACGACACAUUGCAGACAGAACGGCGACAAUCUGGACACCCUCCACCACCAUUGCCGCCAAGAAACGAGGCAUCCAAUUGGGAAGCGAGAAGUAAAACACUGCCGCACGCUGCAAGACUCCAGAAUGUGGUGGCACGAGAUGCAAGGAAUCAUACAAUGGAUCGUGCUGGAUCUCGUGAGCAGCUGAUGGGCAGUGAUUCAGAUGAGAACCUACUAGCAUUGUCAACCGGAUCGGUCAACUACAUGACCCCUAUUUGAAAAGAUACCUACCGUUUCCUUUCUUGGUAUGGAUCUGGAGCAGGUUCUCUUUUUGCAAAGGCAAAAGUACAAUAAUUAUUGUGUCCACUACGGCUGGAGCCUGGGCAUUUACAUGUAAGCUGUUCUCUAUAAUGUGUACUCAGUAUGUGUAAAUAGAACUGCUCAGAUCUACAUGUAUAACCACAACAACUGCUCAUUUCUUGCCCACAAUCUUCUUGAUCGCGUCUCAGAUGGUGUCCUAUAUGUCACACUAGAAGCACACACCCUUUUGUACCAUAAUCUUGUUUCAUAUCACGCAAAAAAACAUUUGCGUACCAUACCAUUAUCGUACCUCAAAGUAUCAGAUUACUGCUUUAUUCAUGCAGCAAUUCCUGUCUCUGCAAACUCCAUUUCUUCAGAAAAGAAAUCAUGCAUCACAAUCAAUAUGAAUUUCUUCAUGCGAUAAUUAUUUCUCAGACUUACCCUGAACCAAGGCUGUAACAUUAAUGCCAGUCUUCUAAUGAUACUGAUGAUGAGAUCAUAAGACCACUGCAAUGCAUUGUUAUGGUCACAAAUAUGUUUGCCCACUACGUAAUCCCGCAUCACAGCCUUUAUCCUCAUGCAUGUAAUUUAAUAACGUUAUGGCCACAACUUCCACAAUGACUGAAACAGUUCACUACAACAUUGACACG